AUGGCCACCCAAGCCGCCGCAUCGCAAUUCUUCACUGCGACCCGCUACGCCGUCAUCGGCGCAUCCUCCAACACCAAAGGCUUCGGCAACAAGAUCUUCCAAUGGUACCUUGACCACGGCCUCGACGUCACCCCCGUGCACUACAAAGACGCCUCCGUCACCGUCGCCGGCAAAGAAUACCCCGCCAUCAACGACAUUUCGGCCCUCCAGGACCCCAAGAACACAUCGCUCUCCAUCGUCGUCAACCCCCUCGCGACCCUCGAAGUCCUCGCCAAGGCUAAGGAUCUUGGUAUCCAGCACAUCUGGCUCCAGCCAGGAACCUACGACGACGCGGUCCUCAAGGCUGCGACAGAAGGCAACCCGUUCAAGUCGGUCGUAUAUGGCGCCGGUGGCCGUGGCCACGAUGGCUGGUGCGUUUUGGUAGAUGGGCCGGAAGCCUUGAAGUUGGCAGGAAAGCUGUAG